ACUGCGAGAAGCAACAGCAGUUGAGAGAUGCAUGAACGCAUACUGCACAUGGAGGAGGCCAUACUGUAGAAAGUACUUGUGUUGUUUUCAUCUGAGCCUCAUGCCACAAUCCCCCUUGUAUUGGGAGAUUGCUCUGUUACAUAAUCACUUUCUAGCCAAUCAGCACAUUGCUAUUCGUUCCACUUCGCGCAUCUACCACUUUUCAACCAAUGAGGUACGUUGACUGUUGGAAGGUAACUGCCCCCGAACAGACGAACAACAAAAAUGGAGUUGUGAACUAGUAGCAAGUUAGCUUCCUAAGAACGUUCAUUUUCAGUUUUUGUGUUAUUACCUUUACACGAGUGGAAGUUUGCAACUGAUACUGAAACUGAAGUGGUGUGAUGCGAUCAUAUUAAAGUCAUACGUAGUUUAUGUUUUGUAGCAGUCGUAAGAAGCUGUCGAACGGGUAAACAAACCGGUAUCUUGGCUACGACAAAGACAACAAGGCUUAGUGGCUAGCUAGCUAAAACAGUAGCAUCUGCUCGUUUUUCACUCUCACGGUGCUUAGCUAGCUAGUCAACGGACGAAGAGCGUUACUCGGACAGAAAUGGAGAAGGGAGAUUUCCUGAAGGGACUACCUGUCUACAACAAAAGUAACUUCAGCAGGUUCCAUGCUGACUCUGUAUGUAAAGCAUCGAACCGUCGACCAUCUGUGUAUCUUCCAACCCGGGAAUAUCCAUCAGAGCAGAUCAUAGUCACAGAGAAGACAAACAUCCUACUGCGGUAUCUUCAUCAGCAGUGGGACAAAAAGAAUCUAGCAAAAAAGCGAGAGCAGGAACAUGCAGAGGGGGAGAACAUGGCGCCUCCACGGAAAAUUGCUAGAACAGACAGUCGGGAUCUGAAUGAGGAUUCAUAGAUUUCUGUGCUAUCAUUGCACACCUAGCAGAGACUGGCCUACACAAACAAAAUGCACACAGAUGCAGGAUAUAUGUUUGCAAACCCAGGCCUUGACACUGAAGCACACAAGGAUUGAUACAUUUCAGACCACCCCAGACAUGACAUUAAUCCCAAAAAACAUUGGUCUUAAUGUUUGCAUUUAACUUCAGAUUUCCUCCUUAACCAAAAAUGUUUUUCCUCUGUUUAUUUACUGCUUUCACCCAGUAAUUUCUUUACAUCCAAGACACCUCUGCCUCAGAUUUCAGUCUUUGUAGUUUGAAAAUAACAUAAAUCUACCUCCUUAUUCCUUAACCCCUCUGGUUUUCCUUCGCUUAUACUCACACAUUUUCCUUUUAAAUAUGCAGGGAGUAAAGUCAUUGCUCCUCUGCUGCUAAUUAAGGGUUUACAGCUGAAGUUAUUCAUACCUUCUCUGAGAUAUGCACAUUUUAAGUUAAGUCUAUAUAAGUGACAUGCCAUCUUCUGUGGCUCCUACUCUGUUAAGAAUUUUUAGUUUUGAAUUAUGUGAUGACAGUGUUCCUAAAAAAAAUUAUUUUAGCUCAUCCUUUAUGUGAUCGCUGUCAUUACAGUAACAGAAAAUAAAACUGCAUUGUGUUCAUUGCUUAGAUUUAAUGAUCCAUUCAGGGUUUGUUAUGGACCGUUGCUGAAAAAGACACGAGUGCUGAAAGAAAUGUUCUUAUGUUUUCUCCUGACGAAUAAUGAUUUAUUGCCUUAAAUGGAAGUGAGUGUGUUUUCGCGAUGUCUUAGAGUGCCCCCUUGGUUUACAUUGUUAUUUCAGGUGAAUAAAUGAACCACUGUUGAGUUGAAUGGCUAUUAGCAUGUCUUUUCAAUAAGGACACAUUCAAGCCAAUACAGUCGUGCUAGGGGAUGCAAACUCUUUUUGUGCAGUGUGACCUGCCGACUUUGUAGCCAUAUUCUAAGUUUGAUGCUGAGUAGUUUAAGAUCACCACUUUAUAAGCAGUGCUUGUAUCUUUGUAAUUGCAAGGUUAGCACAGUAUUUUAUGGAAUAGGUGGUGCCUACAGGUAUUUAGCUGUACUGAUGUUUAGGCUACUUGUAAGGACUGCUGUCGAUCCUUGUUAUAAAUGUGCCAUUCACAUUUGCUUAAAUAGAUUGAUCAUUUGAGUCAUUGAGGGAACAUGUGUUUGGAUCUACAAGCUUUUGACAGCAGGGGUAAAUAAACAGUUUGUGUUUGCUGCUUAUAAAGUCAGUGAAGCUCAUCAUAAUGUUCCACAGGUCUUGUAUAUUUGUACAGUAUGUAUAUUGUGAUUGUUCUGACCCUUUCAUCAGAUAACAAGAAAACAUCUCACUUUGAUUAUUUGUUCCUAAGUCAGCCAUAUUAUUUCAUUUUGUUUAGCCAAUUUGUUAUUUUACGCUGGAGGGAUUCAAGCUGGAGUUUGGUCCAAACAAACAAAAGCUUUUCACUUAAUUUGCUUUGCAUCUUUAGAAACAUCACAUUUUACUUCUGUUACAGAUUUCUGUUUUCAAAGGUUACGCAGUGUAUGUUCAGUUUGGCUGCUUGUGUAAGUCAAAACAAAUAGGAUACACACUGUAUGUUUCCCAAGUAUGACUGUAAACCAUGUAAGACGUGCAGUGUUUUAUUUUCCCGGCUCUUCAUAGAAGAGUGUGCUAAUUCCACUUUUGUCAUAUGGAUUGUAUUCCAUCACCUGAUUAAGUUUGGAAUGUGUUUAUUGUUAAAUGUUUUGCUUUGAGUUUAUUGUAUAAAUGUAUUGUUGUCAA